UGUUUUUCCCGAGCUUCUCUCGGCCGGCGGCGCAACACGCUGUCGGCGCUAUAGCAACGGUUAGCUAGCCGCGGGGAGAGAGUGGCGAUAGGCCAUGUCUGGUCCAACUGAUGAGACUGCAGGAGACUUGCCUGUGAAAGAUAUAGGUCUAAACCUCUUUGGAGUGGGAGGGUUACAAGAAACUUCAACAACACGGACGAUGAAGUCUCACCAGGCUGUGUCACGGAUCAGUCGUGAGGAACUGGAAGACAGAUUUUUGCGUUUGCAUGAUGAGAACAUUUUACUUAAACAGCAUGCCCGCAAGCAAGAGGAUAAAAUUAAAAGAAUGGCCACCAAGUUAAUACGGCUAGUUAAUGACAAGAAAAGAUAUGAGCGGGUUGGUGGCGGCCCCAAGCGGCUGGGACGAGAUGUGGAAAUGGAAGAAAUGAUUGAGCAGCUACAGGAGAAAGUUCAUGAGCUUGAAAGACAAAACGAAGUCCUCAAAAACAGACUAAUUUCAGCCAAACAGCAGCUUCAAAUCCAGGGUUGCAGGCAAACUCCUUACAGUUAUGUGCAGUCUCGUGUAAACACUGGGCGUAGAAAAGCAAAUGGGAACACAGGCUCACAGGAAUGCCCCAAGAAAGGUAUUAGAUUUCAAGAUGUAGAUGUAGAUCAACCCAUGCUUACAAAAUAUGGUGACAGUUUACUUGAAGAAGCAAGAGGAGAAAUAAGAAAUUUAGAAGAGGUUAUUCAGUCACAGAGAGACCAGAUAGAAGAGUUAGAGCACUUGGUGGAGAUCCUGAAAACUCAGUUGCGAAGAAAAGAAAAUGAAAUUGAGUUAUCUCUUCUUCAGCUUCGAGAACAGCAGGCCACAGAUCAGAGGUCAAACAUUCGGGACAAUGUAGAAAUGAUUAAGCUUCAUAAGCAACUAGUGGAGAAAAGCAACGCUCUUUCAGUAAUGGAAGGGAAAUUUAUUCAGCUUCAAGAGAAACAAAAAACUCUCAGGAUCAGCCACGAUGCCUUGAUAGCAAAUGGAGAUGAGCUAAAUAAGCAACUUAAAGAGCAACGUUUAAAAUGCUGCGGUCUUGAGAAACAGUUGCAUUCCAUGGCAUUUUCUGAGAGGAGAAUCGAAGAGCUGCAAGAUAGAAUUAAUGACUUAGAAAAGGAACGGGAACUUUUAAAGGAAAACUAUGAUAAACUUUAUAACAGUGCCUUCAGUGCUGCCCAUGAAGAGCAAUGGAAGUUAAAGGAACAGCAGCUGAAAGUACAGAUUGCUCAGCUCGAGACGGCCUUAAAAUCUGACCUAACAGACAAAACUGAAAUCCUCGACAGAUUAAAAACUGAAAGAGACCAGAAUGAGAAACUCGUUCAAGAAAAUAGAGAGCUACAGUUACGCUGUCUGGAACAAAAGCAACAACUUGAUGAACUUAAAAACCGCAUGAAGUUUUACAACCAGGAGAGUGAUAUUAAUGCUGAUGACUUGAGCGAAGCUCUCCUGCUUAUAAAGGCUCAAAAAUCACAAAGAAAUGGAGACCUUUCCUUUUUAGAGAAAGUAGACAAUAAAAUUAAUAAAGAUCUAGAACACUCCAUGAGAGAGCUGCAAGCAACUCAUGCAGAAACAGUGCAAGAACUUGAAAAGACAAGGAACAUGCUAAUUAUGCAACAUAAAAUUAAUAAAGAUUAUCAGAUGGAAGUUGAGGCAGUAACCCAGAAGAUGGAAAAUUUGCAGCAAGAUUAUGAACUCAAAGUGGAACAGUAUGUUCAUCUUCUUGAUAUCAGAGCUGCACGUAUCCAGAAACUAGAAGCCCAAUUAAAGGAUAUUGCCUAUGGCACCAAGCAGUACAAAUUUAAACCAGAAAUCCUGCCAGAUGACUCUGUGGAUGAAUUUGAUGAAACCAUUCACUUAGAACGAGGUGAAAACCUAUUUGAAAUCCAUAUCAACAAAGUAACCUUUUCUCCUGAAGUGUUACAGGCGUCUGGAGAUAAAGAGCCUGUCACUUUCUGUACCUACGCUUUCUAUGAUUUUGAACUACAGACAACUCCCAUAGUGCGUGGCCUUCACCCGGAAUACAACUUCACUUCUCAAUACCGUGUUCAUGUUAAUGACUUAUUUUUACACUAUCUUCAGAAGAACACUGUCACUCUGGAGGUCCACCGAGCAUACGGCACAGAUUACGAAACAAUUGCAGCAUGUCUGUUGAGAUUCCAUGAAAUUCUAGAAAAAAGCGGUCGAAUAUUUGGCACAGCAAGUUUGGUUGGAACUAAAGAAGACAUCCCAAAUUUUGGCACAGUGGAAUACUGGUUCCAAUUAAGAGUUCCCGUGGACCAAGCAAUUCGACUUUAUCGAGAACGGGCGAAGGCUUUGGGAUAUUUAACAUCAAAUUUUAAGGGACCAGAGCAAACGCAACGGUUAAGUCAGCAAGCACCCAAAACUGCUCAGCUCAGUUCUGCUGAUUCCACAGAUGGCAACGUAAAUGAACUUCAUAUUACAAUAAGAUGUUGCAACCACCUGCAGUCCCAAGCAAGCCACCUUCAGCCACACCCAUAUGUUGUGUACAAGUUUUUUGAUUUUGCAGACCAUGACACAGCCAUCAUUCCUAGUAGCAAUGAUCCACAGUUUGAUGACCAUAUGUGUUUCCCAGUGCCAAUGAAUAUGGAUUUGGAUCGAUACCUUAAGUCAGAGUCUCUGAGUUUUUAUGUGUUUGAUGAUAGUAAUACCCAGGAGGAUAUUUACAUAGGAAAAGUCAGUGUGCCUCUAAUUUCAUUGGCACAUGACAGGUGUAUCUCAGGAAUAUUUGAGUUAACAGAUCAUAAAAAGCAUCCUUCAGGAACCAUUCAUGUUAUAUUGAAAUGGAAAUUUGCUUACCUUCCACCAAAUGAAUCCAUAACAUCUGAAGACCUAGGAAAUUUCAUACAGAAGGAAGAUUUAGAAGUUGCUCAAAGACUACCUCCAACAUCCUCUGUAAGCACAUUAGUUAUAGCACCGAUACCUAAACCACGACAGCGUUUAACAGCUGUGGAGAAGAAGGUGUCUUUCGUAGAUGAUGUCACACCACAUCAGAAUUCUGAGACUUCUACUCCUCCUGAGGACAGGAAGGAAAUUUCACCAGAAGUGCAGCAUACACCAGAAAUAGAUAUUAGUAUGCCAGCUGUUUCACAUAUUUUUGAGGCGUCUCAGGAGGGCAGCGCAGGCAAGCGGAGCGGGAGCACUGGGAACACGCGGCAGUGGGGAGGCGGUGACGUGUCUCUGCUGUCCCAGGGCCAGCUUGCAGAGCCAAGUGUGACUUCUUCUGAAGACGAAACAGAAAUAACUGAGGAAUUGGAACCCGAAGAUGAAGAAGACAGCUCAGCUUCUGACAGUGAUGAGUGUAUUAUUCCAGGUCCUGUCUCCAAGAAUAUCAAGCAGACCUCAGAAAAGAUUCGGAUUGAGAUCAUAGCUCUAAGCCUCAGUGAUUCUCGAGUAACUGCGGAUGACACUAUCCAGCGGCUCUUCGUUGAGUGCCGAUUCUACAGUCUUCCUGCCGAGGAGACACCUGUGUCACUGCCCAAACCCAAGAGUGGGCAGUGGAUCUACUAUAAUUAUACCAAUGUGAUCUACGUGGAUAAAGAAAACAACCAAGCCAAGAGGGACAUCUUAAAAGCUAUACUACAAAAACAGGAGAUGCCUAAUAAAAGUGUCCGCUUCACAGUGGUCAGUGACCCUCCAGAGGACGAGCAGGAUCUGGAGUGCGAGGAUAUAGGUGUCGCUAGCCUUGACCUCGCUGCCAUGUUUCGGGAAGGAAGAGACCUCGUCGAGCACAAUCUUGAUGUGUGGGAUGCCCGAGCAGGUGGUGGAAGAAUCGGCCAGCUCAGGGUAACAGUCGAAGCGCUCCAUGCCCUACGGUCUGUCUGUGAGCAGUGCGGAGAGGACUCGGAGGCUUGAAGGAACUGCCACCGAGGCACCGCCGCCUCUGCAGAAACGCUCACAGGAAAGCUCGUAGCUGAGGUUUCUGUAAUUACUGUGAUGCAUAUAAUCUAUAAUUCAUGGGAAGCUGGGGCGGGGCGGGAGGGCAGGGUUUGAAGGGGUCAGGUUUUGUGUACUCUUUCAUUUGUUUAUUUUUCUAUUUCCCUUUUCCCAUGACUGCCACCCCUCAGGAUUUCAGAUCUCCACAAUGAGCAACACCUUUUUAACAGUUUAUACCUACACGAUAGCAUAAGAAAAUCUGUUUGCAUUUUCAACAUUUUCUUACGAAGAACUGAAAUGCAAGUCCCAUUUUUAUUUGUAAUAAGCAAAAAGCAUAAAUCUUAGAAAACCUAUGAAAAAGAAAUACUUUCAUGUUAUCCCUAAUCGUCCCACUAAGUGGAAUGCCUAUGAUUAGCCUCAUUAAGAGUUUUAUACUGUGAAGAUUUUAUUAGAAGCAAUAUAUGAAAAUUACUUGGAUUAAUGUGUUAAUCCUCCUCUUUAAAAUGCUAAUAUCCAUUUUAUGCACAUUAAAGCUCAGUGUGCAUGUCCUUUGAUGCAUGCAGUUUCUGUC